AUGGCGGCUACCGGGGACGCUUCGCGGGAGCCGGCGGCCUCGGAACCGCCGGCGGAGCUUCCUGCCUCGGUGCGGGCGAGCAUCGAGCGGAAGCGGCAGCGGGCGCUGAUGCUGCGCCAGGCCCGGCUGGCGGCCCGGCCCUAUCCGGCUACAGCGGCGGCGGCGGCUACCGGAGGUGUGGCUAAUGUAAAAGCAGCCCCAAGGAUCAUUGACACAGGAGGAGGCUUCAUUUUGGAAGAGGAAGAAGAAGAACAACGUACAGCUGGAAAAGUUGUCCAUCAACCAGGACCUGUUAUGGAAUUUGAUUAUGCAAUAUGUGAAGAGUGUGGUAAAGAAUUUAUGGAUUCUUACCUUAUGACCCACUUUGAUCUGGCAACCUGUGAUAACUGCAGAGAUGCUGAUGAUAAACAUAAGCUCAUAACAAAAACAGAAGCCAAACAAGAGUACCUUCUGAAAGACUGUGAUUUAGAGAAAAGAGAGCCGGCUCUUAAAUUUAUUGUGAAGAAGAAUCCUCAUCAUUCACAAUGGGGUGAUAUGAAACUCUACUUAAAAUUACAGAUUGUGAAGAGGUCUCUUGAAGUUUGGGGUAGUCAGGAAGCAUUAGAAGAAGCAAAGGAAGCUCGACAGGAAAACCGAGAGAAAAUGAAACAGAAGAAGUUUGAUAAGAAAGUAAAAGAAUUACGGCGAGCGAUAAGAAGCAGUGUGUGGAAAAGGGAGACAGUUGCUCAUCAGCAUGAGUAUGGACCAGAGGAAAACCUAGAGGAGGACGUGUAUCGGAAGACUUGUACUGUGUGUGGCCAUGAGCUGACCUAUGAGAAGAUGUGACUUAAGUUAUUCACAGAUGAAUGGGACACUUGUGUAAAUAACGCUUCCGGAAGAAAUAUAUAUGUUACAUCUUCAGUUUCCGGUCUGGUUGUGGGCAAAUACUGGCUCUGUGAUUGCUUUUCUCUACAGUAGGGAUUAGAGCCAAGGGGGUGGAAUAGGUUCAAAAGUCAGCUUCGAGCUAAAGUUGAGAAAUAUACCGAACCAAACCCUAGAUUGGAAUAGGAGGAAGAACUUUUGGUAAGGGCAACUGAAGUGACUUUUUCUAGGAAACAACAGGGACAGUAGUAGAUCCUGCGCCCCAGAGGCUAGCCAGGUCUUCUAGACCCUGUCUCCACAUGAGGGAGUGGGGAGCUGUUGUUGGACAAGGCCCGACAGCAGGAAUUGAGUCAUGGCAGUCUGAUCAUGUUUUCGGUAUCCUUAUGGCUUAUUACCAUAGGCCCUAACGUCCUUGUUGAGGUAGCCGUUUUCACAUCUGGAUUAAAAUGGAAAAACAGCCAUAUUGUCUUCUUGAUCAGAAAAGGUACUAAGUGUAUCCUAACUUGCUAACAUUUUACAGAGCACUUACUGGACCAGGCGGGUGUGAUGUGAAAUGGCUUACAGGUAUUCUCAUUUAAUCCUGGGAGGGAAGAUAAUUUCUGUUUAUUUCACACUUCUAAAGGAAGUGAUACUACAACCUGACAUCGCCCCAGACAUCUGGAACAAGAUUAGUCACUUUUGCUGUCUUGUCAAAAGAUCACAAGGUAGUUACAGCUAGUAAGAGGAUUUGUGCUUGAUUAUAGGAUCUAUGCAAGAUAGAUAGAUAUACACAUACACAAAACCUGUUCAAGUGAAACUGGAUAUUAUCAAGUUGUUCUUUGACAUGGCUUUUUUAGUCCUGUUGCUACAAAUAGAAAGAAUAGGAAGUUUAUAUGUUUAUAUGUAAAGGAAGAUGUAUCAUCUUCUUUUCUAGAUCAGCUCUCCUGGAGAUGAUGCUUGCUUGAAGAAAGGCAAAUCUAAACUAGUCCAACUCAAAUAGACUUUUGAGACUGUAAUUACUAAUCGUCCUCUAAGAAUUCAACAUAGAAAUGUUUACUAUAUUAGUCCAGU